CAUACUGCAGAGAAAGUCCUCUAGCUCCAGUGAACAUGCCUGCAUGAUCUACAAUUCCCACUUCGAUGGGCUACCGCAAGAAUUUGAUUCCACAUGCUGAGAGCUGCGGAUAUUGCUGACUCGGUUUCAAAAAGGAGCUGCUGAAGGCAUAUGAAGUGAUUAAUAACAGCAAGACUCUUUAAUACAUUAGACCCUCAACUCUUGGUCUACCUCUAGCUCGAUAUAGAGUUUGAACAUCAUGGAUGCGCCACCAGAUCGCCAAGUUUCCAUAUCGCCGGUACCUACAUCCACUGAAACUGGAUACAAGGUUGAACAGGUUAUCUCAUCAACUCCUCUGCCGAAUCUUGUCAAGCCGUUGGAGUUCGUACUUGCAACACCUUCUGAAGGAAGGGAACCAGACACACGGAAAAAGGUCAGGGCUCAUGUUAUGCGUGAUUACCACAGGACAAGGCGUAUGGCAGAAACCAAGAGCUUUGUAAAACAGAAACGUCUCGAAAGUGCCGCCACACUAGGACUGAAGCCACGUCCCGCAGAGAAACAGAAAGGCCCAGAGCAUCAGAACGAUAGUGAGAAUGUGUGGUUACAACCUUUUUGGAACAUUUCGCCAAGAGUGGCGCUUCCCUAUCAGGACAAUAAAGUUCCUCAUGUAUUCUUCGUUCCAGAUGGGCCGAUGAUGUACGUGAGACCUCCGAAAUGGCCAUCGAACAAAGCUUUCUCGACCUGGCGACAGCAUCUGGAUACAAGUGGAUGCGUGAACAGUCUAUUCCCGCGGCAUUCGAUGUGGAUGCCAAAUUGGAUCAGGCCUCAAGAAGGGCCCAUCCGGGGUCCGCUCUUGUUCGGAGAUGUACUUUCUUUCCUUAUGACUACACCAGAAUGCAUGGCAUUCCGGCUUGAAACCAUUAAAUGGAUUCAAGCACAGUUACAGAAUAAGGAAACAGCUACAGGCGAAGAGACAAUGGGAGCAAUCAUGAUCCUAGCCAUGUGGGAGCCAGGGGUGGGUUCCUCGCAGCUGCUCAGAGCCCACAUGGAUGGCCUUGAAAACCUCGUUCAUCUUAAGGGAGGAAUUCACGACAUUCAAAAUCCGCACCUGGUGACAAGAUUAAUAAUAUUCGACUUCUUGAUUGCUGUGUCUUGUUCUGCCUCCAUCCGUUUCUCCUCGGUCGCCUGCGCCGCUCCACCUUUUCUUCCGCAGCCAACAGCUUCACAACUCACAACAUCCAAUACAAAUCCUCUCAUUAACUCUCCUCUAUGCGGAAAUGGUGAUUUCGCCUCAAUUACAUGCGCAUGGAGGAAGAAAGACAUUAUCUAUAUCUUGGAAACGAUGCAUGGCCUGACUAACUUUGUACUCUCCACUCCUAGUACGACCUGGGUUUCGAAAAGACAGAAGAAAACCAAACAACUUAUAUCAAAAUCUCAAUUGAGUCUGAAGCCACCUUCUAUAUCGACCCAAAAGCAAGCGACACAAGUUGCCAAGAAUACCAACUCCGAGAGUGAGACCCGAGUCUUCGACACAAUCCAUUGCGCUUCUCAAAUAUACCAGCGUGCCCUCUCUACUCCACCGAUCCAAUUCACGUCUCCUCAAAACGAGCAGGAUAUACAAGAACUGUACGAAUCGAUGAGCGCAAGCGUAUCAGAUGGUUUCUGGAAAAGAUAUACAGGGAUCUGGAUGUGGGUGCUUUGCGUUGGUUGCGCGACCAGUUCUGAUAGAAUGGAGCGACCUUACUGGAUGCACCUCCUUUCUAAAGUUUUAUUCGCCUUUUCUGGAGGACGGCCGGGAUGGAUUGAGAUCACCGGUGCUCUGAGAAAAUUCUUGGAGGUGCAGGAGAGGAUUAGGAAGAGUCUCUGAAUGCGAAUUCCACCCUUAUGCCCGAUUUGCAAUUGGCGAAGCUCCAGCCGGCUGGGGUACGACUCUAUUUGUGAUUGAAAAGUUUUCAAGUCACACCUGCCUCCCUUCGCCUCUCAAACCAUCAAUACUCUGUUUCUAUUUUCUCCGUCGAACGAUUUCAUACUAUAAUCAACAUUGCCAUCAAAACAUCGAGCACAGCGACUCACAAUGGCGUCGAUUCUGGAUUUGCCAAGGGAGCUCAUACAGCCUAUUUUAGAGGAUGUUCUGCAGAGCGUUUCUGGCGAUCAUACA